UUCUUCGUCAUCACAAUUCCUCAACAACACAACACACAAACACAAAAUCCCCUUCAAAACCUUUCGCUUUCUCUCUCUCUCUAAAGCAAAAACAAAAAAGCUUCCCUCGAAUUGCAGAAAAUGGCAACAAUGUCCGCAUCUCCAAUGAACCUCAACAUGAUUGACUCUAACUUCGAAGUCGACAAGCUCACCUACGAAAUCUUCUCCAUUCUCGAGAACAAUUUCCUCUUCGGCUACGGCGACACCGAAAAUCGCACCAAUUCGAUUAAUUUUCCGCCGAGAGACGCGAAACCGGCGAAACACGCCGCCGGCAAGGUCCGCAUCCUCUGCAUUGACGGCGCCGGCGCCACUGACGGCAUCCUCGCCGCGAAGUCCCUCGCGCACCUCGAGGCCUGCCUCCGCCGCAAGUCAGGCGACGCGAACGCGCGCGUCGCCGAUUUCUUCGACGCCGCCGCCGGCUCCGGGGUCGGUGGCGUCCUCGCCGCGCUGCUUUUCACUCGCGGCAAGGACGGAAGGCCGCUGUGCAGCGCCGAGGGGGCGCUGCGGUUCCUCACCGACAACCGCCGCAGGAUUUCGCGGCGGGCGGGGCUCCUCCGGCGAGUGCUCCGGCCUGCGGCAAAGGCGGAGAAGCUCUUCCGCAAGACGUUCGGGGAGUGCACGCUGAAGGACACGGUGAAGCCCGUGCUGAUCCCCUGCUACGACCUCGUCACGCGCGCGCCGUUCGUUUUCUCGCGCGCCGACGCGCUUGAAGUGGACGGCUACGAUUUCAAGAUGCGCGAUGUGUGCGCCGCCACGUCAGCGGACCCAUCCUCUGCCCCCACAGAGAUGCGGUCCGUCGACGGCAGGACCAGGAUCAUGGCCGUCGACGGAGGCGUCGCCAUGAACAAUCCAACGGCUGCCGCCAUCACGCACGUGCUCAAUAACAAACAUGAGUUCCCGUUCUGUAACGGCGUUUCCGACCUCCUCGUACUCUCCCUCGGUAACGGAGAGUCAGACUUUAACGCCGUUAAGUCCUCCUCUGGCUUCGUAAGGAUCGCCGGCGAAGGAGCUUCCGAUAUGGUGGAUCAAGCCGUAUCGAUGGCAUUUGGUGAGUGUCGGACGAGCAAUUAUGUGCGGAUUCAGUCAAACGGGAUCAUGGCAAACAAGAGCACAGAGGCCAAGUCCUGCAAAACGGCGUCGGAUUUGUUUGCCAUGUCGGAGGAGAUGUUGGCCCAGAAGAACGUUGAGUCCAUUUUGUUCAGGGGGAAGAAGGUGGCGGAGAACACCAACAUGGACAAGUUAGAGUUGUUUGGGGGAGAGUUAAUUAAGGAGCAAGAGAGAAGAAAAACAAGCAUUUUAGCAACGGUGGUGUUGAAGAACAAUAAUGCCUCACCCUCACCCAGCAGAACUUCCUCUGCCACUACCUUGUCCACUUUGUCCUCCAGUAGUUAAAACCAGAAACAGACAAGGGAGAUUAGAGGGAAGAAAUCCAAAGUUAGAUUUUUCAUUGUGGGGUUGAAUUUUUAUGCCAGUUUUUCUUUUUUAUUUUAAGUUUGUGGUGUUGGGGUAGCUGCCGCUUGGGACCAAAUUAAGGCAAAUUGAGAGACUGAGCUGUGCAGAGCCGAAUCCUUAAUUACUACUAUUACUAUUACUACCUACAUUAUAUUUAUUUUUUUUAUUUUUCUUUAGUUUUUUUGGGGGUAUAUAUUACAUUUUUAUGUAAUGAUAGUGAUUUGUGUAUAUGGUUAUUGCCAUGGCAUGAUUUUUGGUUUAAUGUUAGAGCUGUGCUUGAUUUGUGAGAA